GCCGCGCCAGAGAACCAGUCGGCCAGAAGGAGGCCCCCGCCGUACAGCCAUCGUGCCGCUCUUGCCCAAAGGAUUAAACACCUCGCCGGCCCCUACGCUGCCCUCCGUACCACCCGGCCGCCCGGAAGCACCAGAGGCUGAGCAGCCAUGAGGCUGCUGCUGCUGAGCGCCGUGGCCGCGCUACUCGCGCUGCCUGGCGCGCUGGCCAAGUGUCCCUGGUCGCGGGACUUGGUCGACCUGCACGCUGACUGCAUCUGCGCCUACAGCAGCACACAGCGCCUGUCCGUCCAGUGCAGCCCAGUGAACUUCGCGCGACUCAUGAACGCGCUGCACGCAUCGGCACAGAACGUGCCCAUCGAUCUGCUCCAUAUCAACAACAGCACGGUAGAGGCGCUGCCGGACGGCGCGUUCGCCAAGCUGGACAUCCAGUCACUGCACCUGGCGCGCUGCCAGUUGCGCCAAGUGUCCGAGCGAGCGCUGCAGGGACUCGAGAACAGCCUGGCCAGCCUCAGCUUGCCCGACAAUCGGCUCGAGGAGGUUCCUGUGGCGGCCCUGCGACGCCUGGCCUCGCUCCGCCAGCUGGACUUGUCCAGCAACGCCAUCCGGCAUGUACCCGACGGGGCGUUCACUGGCCUGCCACUCAACACGCUCAAGUUGGCCGACAACGAGUUGAACAUCGCGGACGACGCAUUCGCUGGCCUCCAGGACUCGCUAAAGAACCUCAACCUCAAGGGCACCGGCCAGGAGCGCGUGCCGCGCGCGGCCGCCCAGCUGACCUCGCUCGCCUUCCUGGACCUGGCGCAGAACAAGAUUGCAAGCCUGGCACCCGAGGACCUUAGCGGCAUGCACACGCUCACCGCACUCAACCUGGAGCGCAACCGCAUCGUCAAGAUUGACGCAGAUGCAUUCGCCGGCAUCAAUGACACACUCAGUUCGCUCUCGCUGCUUAACAACCUGCUCGUCGAGUUUCCCGGCCAGGCUCUCGCAACGCUCACCGAACUUCGGGUUCUUGACCUGGGGUUUAAUGGAAUUCGGAACCUCCCGGAUGAUGCCUUUGCAAACAACCCUUUCCUGACACUCCUGGCUCUGGAUGGAAAUCCCAUGGCAACUAUACCAUUGGAACCUUUCCGGCACCUCAACACUACUCUCAGGGGAAUCAGCAUAGGAGGACCCUACCUCGAGUGUGACUGCAGGAUGCGAUGGAUUGCAGAGUGGAUAGCAAACAAAGACCUUCAAGUAACAAGCCGCGAGCGGAACCCUCAAUACUGUGGAAAGCCUGACCACCUCAAGCGACGGACAUUUGCAAAAAUUGAGCCCUCCGAGUUUAUAUGCAAUGCUUCAACAACAACACCACCACCUCCAACAACGACAACAACAAUAACAACAACAACUCCUGUUACGACCACAACAGAAAAUGAGCCCGUGAUCCCAACCAGCACGAAACCUCCUACCACAACAAGCAGCACUACAAUGAUGACAACAACUACUACUAGUACUACUACUUCUACUACGACGCCUUCAGUGGAGCCAGAAAUUACUUCAACUACAGUUCCUGAACCUACAAGUGUUCACAUCAAUGAGCUGCUCGUUGCAGAAACUACCACAUUCAGAGAGCCGUUUGUGUCUUUGAGUGAGUCAGCUCCUGACGUCAUCACAUAUGCUCCGGAGCAAACAGAUGCACCAGCGCCUUCUCAAAGACAUGCCAGCAACAAACAUGUUCGACCCCUACUAUCAUCACCAAGAAAUCAAGACACUCAGGCACCAUCCAGCAAAGUUCCAUUAGUUCCAUACAUUGUGAAUGCUCAGAGGAAGGAUUCUGCAGUCACUAUUGAAUGGCAAAGUGAUGGCGAGUCUCCUUUAGGUUUCCAGGUAGUUUACCGAUUGUUCGGAGAAAAGAUUUAUCGUCAUGGCCCUACAUUGCGACCAGAUCAGAGGAAGUACACAAUGCAAAGUCUGCCUACAAAUGAGUGCCUUGUGGUGUGCAUUGUAAACCUACAAGAUGCGCAAGACAUUAAUAUAGACGACAUCCUACCAUCCCGGUGCAAGGAGCUCAAGCUAGAACGCUAUGUAAUUGCCCAUUUAGACAAAAUCAUCAUUGCAUCUUCAGCAGCUGUGUGUGGCAUCAUCAUACUGGCUGUCAUAAUCUUUCUUUGUUGCUGGCGCAAGAAGCAGGGCCGUAGCAGUGGCCCCAAAUCUCGCCUGCCAUUGCCAACGUCGACUGUUCAUCCAACCAUCAAGCCAACAGAUGAGUGGGAGACCGUCUCCAUGUACAGCAGCCGCAGCAUUCCUCGGGCACGCAUGUACCACAUGGACAAUGCUAAUGGCUCUGUCAACCAGAGCUUUGUCAUGGAUGACAACCGCUCCCACAUUUCCCAUUUCUCACACAUGCCCAAUGGCUACUCUUCCAAGGCCCGCUCUACAGCUGAUGGCCAGUCUCACAGAUCCUACUCUCAAAUGUCUAACAAGUACCGUGGCCUUGGCAACCCAGAAGUCCGCAAGUCACAGCAGUCCUUAUCAGCUUUGUCGGGAACUCAUUCUUUUCUUGAUGCUCAUGUAGGGCCAACAACGCGACCACUUCCCAAUGGCAAAAAAAGAGUGCUGCACAAUGGCCGACUUGCAUCAGCCAGUUCCAUGCACUCACUUAAUGAGUAUGACUCAGACUGGAAUGCACGGACAGAAAACUGGAAAGACAAUGAAGUGGACAUAUACGUAGGGCAGAGUCAUGUGGCACCUUCUCACAACAAGUACCACCACCGAUAGGACACUUGCCCCAGCUUGUGCAGCUAUGGCAUCAGAGUGCUCAUAUCACCACUAGUGCAAGGUGUUUAUGUCAGCGUGCAAGCAAUUGGUUUUCUGCCAUGCAAGACAGCACUUGUCUUUUGUGGUGCUCCAUAAUGGCUGUUCAUUGCAACUGCAAGUUUUCUGCCUGUAUGAAAUGUUGUCAGUGAAGUGCCAAAAACAGGAGUAUUGCUGAGGGACUUCUGCAACUGUGUUCUGAGCUACGCGGCUGAACUAUCAGAGCGCUGGGGACUUUUCUGCUGUUCAGUGUAAAGUUAAGGUGAACUCAGGAGUGCAGACAUGCACAACCUACCACAUUCACACUGCACAGCAGUAUGUUCAAAAAGGACUAUGCUUUAUACAGUAUAUAGAUUAAAAUACUGUUUAGUGUUGCCAUUGCAUUGCGACUCACACACACUACAAGACAGAAAAGGUGAAACAGAAAACGUUGAUAAUGCAUUCUUUACAUAUUUCUUUAUGCAGAUUUGUUUGAAGGGCCAGAAAAGGAGAUAAGUGACCUUUACUAAUACAUCCACAACUGUCCAUUUCACCAUGCAGUAAUUAAAAAAUUGCUAUGUUGUUGGUAAGCCAAUAUCGAUAAUAAGCAGGAACAAUCAUAAGUAGGGGUGUGCGAAUACUCGAAACUUUUAAAUAAUGCAUCGAAUAUUGUCCUAUUCGAUUUGGUCCUUGAAUCGAAUAGUAACAAUUCGAUUUGGUCCUUGAAUCGAAUAGUAACAAUUCGAAAAUUCACAUAAAAUUCAUAUAAUUCAUAUAUAUUCAAGUUUUUGAUUACUUCACAUCAUCGAGUGUACACAAUCAAACAUGAAAUUUAAGCAAAAAUACGAUAAAUUUCAUCCCAUCUACAGUGUGGACAUAAGGUACAAAAGCACGCUGCAUCUCUCAGACAGCCACACUUUUCUGACAAAACACAAUCACUCGCUAUAUCUUGUUUAUAUACAGCAUUUGGCAGUGGGCACUGUUCGGUAAUAUUUAUGGAUGCAGCAGAUUACACCCAUUUCUGAUUUGGUCGCAAAUGUAUAUGCAGAUAUUAACUUCAUAUGAUAAUCCAUAACGGUGUAUCUGAAGAGUUUGGGUUUCCAAACAAGAGCUUAUAGUUGUUCCUAAUAUUCCCUUUGUGCUUUUAAUAAAGUAGGCUGAAUAAUGUGCAGUGCAAUGAUAGAAACUUUCUAAUGUUGUGAAUACCAAGAUGUGAAAAUUGUUUGAUAUUAAUGGCGAGAAGGCUGUGCAUUAUUAGAAAAAUAUCCUAUUCCAUUUGCUUUUCACAUUAUUUGAUUCAUAUUCAAUUCGGUCUCCAAAACUACUAUUCGCACACCCUUAAUCAUAAGUAAUGUUCUAAACUGUACAAGUAUUUCCCAGAUUCAUAUACCAUUCAGCACAGCAAUCAUUUCACUUCAGAUCAGUUUAUUUAAAAUAUUAAGAAAUGGCACUGUAGAUUGUAGGGAGACAUGCUAGAAUAACACAUAUCAUAAUUGCAUAUAUGUACAGCUGUGUGUUGCAAACACAGAUAACUAGUUAAUACUCUAAUGAUGAUUAUUCAAUGCUUUUUAUCAUACAUUUUCAUCUAUAAAAAAUGACAUUAUUCAUCCUGUAUAAAGUCUUUUGUGCCUGAGCAAUAUACUUUUCCAACCUGGUUAAAAAGGUUGCCUUGCUAUCACAUGCAAAAUGCAAAGCAAGCACUCUUUAUGGACAUUACCACUUCAUAGAAUCUGUCUCCAAGAGUACCUUAAGAAUAGGAUGAGAAUAGUAUGGACAGCAUGCUAGCCAAGCUGAACUUAUGAAUAAUGACCCUAUCCUAUGAGAAGAGGCUCAAAAAGACCAUGUCAUGGCAAGAGCCUACAACUUGCACAAGAAAUGACUUGCUUAGCUGCUUGAAACCUUCCAUUAGCCUUUCAAGUAUCCAAACCCCAUUUGAAAAAAAAAAAAAAAAGAAAGAAAGAAAGAAAGAAAAAGUUGAUAAAUGGCAAAUGUAAUGCCAUUAGCUGCUCUUUCCAUUUCUCAACUAUGUCAACAGAACUUUGUGCUUUGUAAAUAAAUUCAUAAACAUUU